UUUUUUUUUUUUGCAACACACACAUAAAGCAUUGGAGCCUGGUGGGCGGAACUGGCUGUGUGAGCAACGUCCGGUGCAACCUCAAAAGAAGUCGCACGGAGCGGAUUCCAACAUGUCAAUACGAAGUGCAUUGGGAUUUGGAAUUUCAGCAAUCAAAUGUACCCGAUCCCUUCACCAAACGCCAGUCUGGAGGAGUCCACUUGUACCCAUGGUUGUGGAACAAACGGGAAGAGGAGAGAGAGCCUAUGAUAUCUACUCGCGUCUGCUCAGGGAAAGAAUUAUUUGCGUCAUGGGCCCGAUUGAUGAUACAGUAGCAAGCCUGGUGAUCGCCCAGUUGCUAUUUCUGCAGUCCGAAAGCAACAACAAGCCCAUUCACAUGUAUAUCAACAGUCCAGGCGGCGUGGUGACGGCCGGCCUGGCCAUCUACGACACAAUGCAGUACAUCCUCAACCCCAUCUCCACGUGGUGCGUGGGCCAGGCCGCCAGCAUGGGCAGCCUGCUGCUGGCCGCAGGCACGGCCGGCAUGAGGCACUCCCUGCCCAACGCCCGCAUCAUGGUGCACCAGCCGUCGGGCGGGGCCCGGGGUCAAGCCACAGACAUCGCCAUCCAGGCUGAGGAGAUCAUGAAGCUCAAGAGGCAGAUCAACAGAAUCUAUGCCAAACACACAGGCCAACCGCUGGAGCACAUCGAGGGCGUGAUGGAGAGGGAUCGCUACAUGAGCCCCAUCGAGGCGCAGGACUUCGGCAUCAUCGACCGGGUCCUGGUGCACCCGCCCCAGGCCGGCCAGGACGAGCCCGAGCUGGUGAAGAAGGAGGCGGCGGCGGCGGCGGCGGCGGCGGCAGCGCCCCCCACAGGCACGGGGGACACACCACAGCCCUCCGUCACAGAGGAGAGCCCUCCAGGGACCAACCUGCCGUCGUCCUUCCGACCCGAGCCCUGAGUCGGCCUCCAGCUCACCAGAGUUUAUUCUUUAUGUUGUGAGAGGAAGCAGCGAGGCUGUGGACUCUGACUCUCCCGGGCCGGGACUCCAAAUGGUCCUAAGAUGGCUUUUAAUCAUCAUCCUGGCAAUUUACCACAGGAACGAAACCAGUAGCUGUUGGCGUUACCGGGUUUUUAUUAGGUCCAGUGAAUUGUAGUGUGUUGGUUUCUCUUUAAAUGCCCCCCCCCCCCCCCCCCCCCCCCCCUUUGUACUAGCAGUGGAAUAAACAGGAUGUUGUAAUUUA